CGGAUUGCCUUGCAGGCAGAUCCAGUUAUGUUUAUCUAAAGAUUUGUUAUUAAAAAGAGUUUUAAAAGGCACUAAAUGUUAUUUUCUUUAAAAUAUUGCAUGGGCUAAAAUUAAUAAUUGCCAAAUUAAAUAACCAAAAGGUAGCUGUGGAAGAAUAUUAUGGCACGCUGGUGUGGAAAUGCACUCAUAAUGACAUUAGGCUUAUUUUGCCUUUUGUCGUACUGCAGUUCAACUACAGUCACUGGACAACUGCGAGGACAUUUGAAACCACUUGGAUCGCACAAACCUCCAACCGUUCAAAUUGACGAAUUCAACGUUCAAAAUGCACCUCGGCCCGCUGAAUUUUUUGAAAAAUAUGUGAAGAUAAGUAAGGCCGCCAUAUUCCGUGCCGCAGUUACGGGUAGCAGAGCUUUCAAUUUAUGGACUGAUGAAUAUGUUCGGGAAAAUUUUGGUGAUAUGGAAGUCAGAUUAGAAGGAAAGCACGAAAAGCGUCAUUUACCGCCUAUUGGAGAAAGAUAUUUAGGACGAGACUCUCUUCGCCAUUUUGUCGAUACUUACCACCUCCCGAAAGAUAACACUUAUAUUGUAUCUGAUCUGCCCGAAGCAAUGUACAAAGAUGUAAAUGUGGUUCCAUCAUUGGGAGCAUGUGGACAGAUGAAAAAAAGAAUCGUUGAAGUUAAUAUCUGGUGGAGCGGUGGUGGAACAUCCAGUAUACUGCAUAAAGAUGCGUACCAUCAAAUGAAUUGCCUCAUGAACGGAACAAAGCACUGGAAACUAAUUGAAUAUAAAUAUGAGAAAGAUAUUCAUAAACAUCCUGAACCAGAAUACGAGCAAGGAGGGUUCUCAGACAUUAAUCCCCAGUCAGUAAAUCUGAAGAAGCAUCCCAAUAUUACGAAAGUUGAAUGGUCCAACAUUACGAUACAUGCCGGAGAUUGCUUGUAUUUGCCAAAAAGUUAUUAUCACCAAGUGAUAUCCGAGGGUACGCAUAACCUCGCUGUUUCCCUUCUUUUCGCAAGAUUUGAUGGAAAGGAUUCACUCGAUUUCUCAGAUUGCACAGAUGACAUAGAUUAUACAAAAUCGCGACCUCUGAAUGAAUACGACGUUCAACUUGUAUGGAAGGGAACAGGAAUGAUGGUGAUGGGAAGAGCAGAUUUAGAAGAUCAAUUUAGAUCAUCAUUGUUGGAAAAGACGACUGAAUACGAGUCAAAAGACAAGAAGUGUGAUUUAGAUGCAGUAAAAGAACUGCUCGAGGAAAUGGUGCCUGGCGAGGAUCAAAGGAUACAAGGAGAAAUUUCAAAGGCAUUCAAGAUUAUGGACCGGAAUGGCGAUGGAAUUGUUACGACCACGGAAGUGAAAGAAUUGACUCUUUCUGAGUUACAAUUAAUUGGAGAGGAGGUUGAAACGUACGAACCGUCCAACAGCUACGAUUUUGAGUAUUCAAUAAUUUCAUUUGAGAAUGUCUGGUGGGCUGUUAAAUAUUACUUGAAAAAAUACGAAAUUCUUGAACGUGAUAUUUGGAUGCGUAAGUACAUGCUGAUGGGAGGAACAAAGGAAUGCGCUGACGAGAUAUUUUCAUCACUCUCCGGCGGAAAACCAAAUUUAGUAACUAAAGAUGUUACCAAAGAUGAUAUCUGGAAGGCACUAGAGAAAUGGGUCUAUUUUUGGGCACCACAAUAUUCUAAUUUACCACGUAAACCACAGAAAGGAGACGAAAGAUUUUUGCAUGAAAUGCUAGAAGACGGUGAAUUUAGUUGGUUAGAAAUACAGGAUUUAGACGACGAAAAGAUGAAUAAAAAGACCCGGAAGCCCAAACUGACGAAAGGACAACCCAAAGAGGAACUUUGAGUUCUUAUUUUCAAAGUGAAAACCUAUUCGUAGCUAGAGGAAUUGAAUGAUUCUGACAAUUAUGCUAUUGAGUUAAGAGAUAAAAACUAAAAAGAAAUGUUUCACUGUUAUGCCAGAUUUAAAAUAAGUUUUUUUUCUAAUUUCCUAUUUGCUUACGAAGAAUGCAUAUGUUGAUUAUAAUUGAUUAUACAAAUGCUCACCAUUGAUAAAUAUGCAAACAAUAG